UAGGAAUGGUGAGCGGGAGAAUUCGACGACGAGUACGGAAAUGAGAGCGCGGAAUGAGAUGACGAGGGUGGCUCAGUGUACUCGCAGGCAGAAAUACGCGAGAGGGGACAAUCAGGGAUAAAUGCAGAGAAAGGGAGAAAAGAGACCAAGGACGCGACGCGGGCGCUGAUCCGUCUGGCUGGCUUACCCCGGAUCAUACACUCUUCUCCCCCAAAUUAUCCGUCCGCCAAAUAUCAUACCUACAUGCAGGUGCAUAAUGAACAUGUGGCUAUCAUGCCCGAGUCAUACAGUACAUACCAUUACAUUACAUACUGUACAUACUUCUUGCAACAGCCGAGUCAAUAAAUCUGUCCGCGCGGCGCCGAAACAAUCCCGCGUCCUUCUCCUAGGAUUACAUGUCCGGAGAGAAGAGUGAGAUCGAUGACGGAGGGUCUUGGCUUUGACUAAUGCCACAGGCGAAGCAGCAGCUGCAAGCGCUGCCAAUGGCCUGGUCCGUCAAUGCGGGAAAGGUGGACAUCCCCUUUGGGCCGGAUGGAUGGAGUUUUGGGUGAGCUUGCGAUCUGCUGUGAUUCCGGUUCCCGGACACGUGGAGGUCAGGGGCCAGUUAAGUACGUGAGGCCGGUCCUACGAACAAGCUUCC